CGUUCAAGUAAGCAAGAGUGUGAAAACGGCCCAUCGACACACAGAUAGCAUCAUCCAGCCCCCACACGCCAGACAGCCAGCCGUCCCCGCUAGACACGAUGUUCUGUACAGGAAGCUAGCCACCCAUCGAUAUGUCAUGAAUGCGUUGGCAGCCUCACCAGCUGCAGCUCUACUCGUGGAGGGUACCCCUCCUCAUCGUCGUCAUCGUCGUCCCCCGCCCUGCUCAAAUCGGCAAUCAGCCCAUAGUGGGCUGUCUCUGCCUGGUCAAUGCACUGCUCCACUUCUCUACGGAACUCAGCCUCUCUGCUCUCACACCCCUCCCGAUUGUGCAGAGAAGUCAGAUAGACAGUCGCUUUCAGACAGACAGUCGCAGGCCGCACAGCAGCGAUCAACGCAACGCCAGACGCAAGCCCACUCAUCGUGUUGCUAUUGAUCACUUCGACAGUCAUGGAGGCGACGUGAGGGUAUCGGGUGCAGUCAGAGAUGGCGGGCACCUCUGAGCCACAAACCGAGGCCCUCGUCUGCACCUUGACGCUCUCUAGCUUGGCAGUGGGGGGCAGCUGCGAUAGGCAAAACGCUGCCACGCCCAGGUUGGGCAAACGUGUCAGACUGACUGUCGUGAGCCUGUCUAAGGUGCCCAGCAAUGUGCCUGUGCCAUCGAGCCCGACAGGCACGCCGUCACACACAACCAGAUCGAGAACGAGGCUGGUGAUGUUGGGCAGAUGGCGAUUGCCACUGGUGGUGUCGCUCUUCUCUGCCAUCCACUGCGGCACACUCGACAAGGCCCGGGACGGCGUCAGCCCCCUCACAGACAGCGUGGUGGCCUUGGUGAAGACCAUCAGGCUGGCCCAUGACUGGUCCAGAGGCCUCCCGCCACACCGCAGAGUCACCUGGCCGGACAGACAGACGGACGGACGGACGGACGCACAGGCAGACAUACAGAUAUAAGCAGGAAUUGAUGUUCGUCCCUUUGAGGCCUCCUGUCUUGGUGUGUUGCUCACCUCAUCGGCCGUGCUACACAUGUCUUUGAUCAUCUUGGCGAUGGGGCCAGUGGGUGCAGGAGGCGAAAUGACGAGGUCCCUGGAGCAGUCGAUAACCACCCCAUCGACCCUCCAGUCGACCGUGCAGUUGACCGACGCUGCAGACAAACCCACACUCAACAGAGAUGCGUAGUAUUGCAAUCCUCCCGUUUGUCCAUUUGUCGGUUCGUCCUACUAAGUUACCUGCCCAGUCGAGGAAGGUAGGGAGGCUCAUGGCAUCAGUGUCUGUGGGAUGGAGCAGCUCAUGGGUGAAGGGGACGGAGAUCUUGUCACCGACCUCCAGGCCGAGCCUCUUGUCAACAUCUGCACACAGCCACAAAAACAAUGCGGUCAGCCUGCCGGUGGCUCCUCUGUCUGUUCUUGCUUGGUGGCUCACGCACCCUUCAGGCUAUCCUUGGUCCAGAUGGGGUCGAGAGCACGCUUCAGCUUGCCCAGAGUCGACGUGAAUUCGUAGACGCCCAGGUGAACCCAGUCGAUGUCGGUGAGGUGCGGGCAUCUCUGAACGAGGAAGGCGAAAUCAUCAUACUCGUGGUCGUUGACACUCAGGUACUCGACCGCUGCACACAAGGGAGAGGGACAGAGAAUCCAUCUGUGGGUGCAGCAGCUGCAUGUGAGAGGCAUGAUUGCUUACACAGUGACUCGAGCUUUGGGGCAUGCUCCACGAUGUCCUUGGCACUAUCAGUCUGAUGGCAGCCGCGCCCCCCAACACGCAGGCGAAGAAGGGAUGGGAAUCGCCACCCUCGGAAGCUAAACACACACACACACACAGAGGGCAUGAUCAGUGCAUAGCGGUGUGACCAUGGAGAUCAGUGAUGCUUACCCGCGGUGAUAUGGCCAGUCUUCGACGUAGAGGUCCUCCAGUUGUGAGAAGCACACGCUGAACGGCGAAGUCGGCACGCUGUAGUGGUAAUCCUCAAAGCCCGAGAGGUCGUCGUCGUCCUCGAGUCUCUUGUCGCAGAGCGUCAUGCUGGUUAUGGUGUCGUGGGAGGCCUCGAUGCACUUGAGAGGGAAGUCGAGGCCCUUCCAGUGACUGCUGAUGUGCACCGUCCGCAGCCGACCCUGCAACCGGACAGACAGACAGAAGUCAGCCAUGGUCACUCCACUUCGUUGGUGCGGUGUGGUGUGGUGGCGCACCAGUUUCUGCUUCAGUGUUUUGAGGGUGGUUUGCUCUCUCCUCAGCCGCUUGGUCUGCCGUCUGAGGGCCGCCCCGGCCGCCGCCCCCUCCCCGGCCGAGUCGUCCUCUCCCUCCCUCACCGAGUCGUCCUCCUUUUCCUUCUCUUCUUCAUCCUCCUGGUCCUCUUCCUGUUCCUCUUCCUCCUCGUCGUCGUCGUCGUCUUCUUGUUGUUCUUCCUCCUCCUCCUCCUCCUCUUCUUCUUCUUCUUCUUCUUCUUCUUCUAUAUCCUCCUCACUGCUGUCGUCGCCAUCGAUGCCCAGCUCCUCGACUGUCCGCCUGGCGUUCCUCCGAAUGCCCCGAUCCCACCACUGUCGCUCGUCCAGACCAAUGACCAAGUGGCGGUACACGCCCCUGGUGUCGUCGGUGACGAGCUGCUUGAUGAACGUGUUGACGCGGGAGAGGGGCGCGGCGUCCUUGGUGGGCAGGAAGGCCAACACGAUGUGCGCCGCGUCGGGCGGCAGGCCGUCCAAACACAAACGACCGAGCUGACCACACACACAGGGGCGCACAUGUCGUGUGUGUGGAUGUUUGGGCUGGUCUGAUGUGUGGCUUGCCUGGGUUAUUGUGGCGUCUGGUGGGAGGGUUUUGGUGGCGAUGGGCUGCGGGAGUGGCGGCUUGGCGACUGCCACGUUGUCGAGUGUCUUGAUGAGACCCCGCAGCGUGUCGUAUCGCAACGCCACCGACUGCUCGACCGUCAUCAGCUUACUCGACAGGCCCGGCACCUGCCAACACACAUCACCACUCACAGGGAGAAGGAGAAGGGCGUGUGUGUGUGUGUGCGUGUGUGUGUCUGUGUGUGUACCUUGUCGGCCAGUGUGGGCGUGACGAGUGGUCGCACCUCUGACAGCACGGCCGCCGUCUGCGCCUCGAGCGAUUUGAUCUUCUCCAACAAGGGGACCAGCCAACAAACAUUCGCCUUGUCGGCCUGAGGGAAUGAACGAACACACGGGCACACACAGAGCCAUCAAGUGUGUGUGUCUGCGUGUGUCGUCCAUGCAGGUGGCUGUGCUGCUGACCCAGUCUAUGACGGGAUGCACCUCUUGGUCCGACGGCUGGCCGCCACCUACAGCUACACCAGUGCUACAUCCUCCACCUGCAUUACGAGAGUGCAUCACACAACAAAGGCAGCCGGCCAUCAAAGAGUGAGUCGGUCUGUUCUUUUCAUGAGUCCCUCUUCCCACCUCCAGCAGCAGCAGCCGCGGGCGAUGAGUCAUCGUCCACACGAGGCCGCUUGCCGGAAUUCUCGUCAGCUCCGCCACACGCCUGCAAACCAACAACAGAUCGAUCAGAGCUGGCUGCUCCUCUCUCUCUUGUUCUGUCGUGGUUGGGACCUACCUCCAUGAGUUUGCUAUGGAUGGACCAGCAGGUGGGUCAUCUCCCCCUCAGCGACAAGCCGGGCCGGGCGGCCGCGCUCGUGAGGCUUGCUCUUGAUGAGAGCACGUCCCUCUCCUUAGACGCGGACACUGACAACUCCAACACAACUCGUU